AGAGGAAGAGAAGAGAAGAGGAAGCGGAGCAAGAGAGAGAUCGGGCGGACUAAAAGGUUGGGUGCCACCGGAAGACCGUUCAAUAAAUUCCAGCCAAUUUCUCACAACCACACCUCUAAGCCGUCCUGGAUUAGCGGGGAUUUCCGUUCUCACUGAGCUCGGAUGCAAUGCGCUCGUGUUAAAUGCAAAGAAAUUCUCUUUCGAGUGUGUAGCUGCGUCAGGUUGUCGAAUCUGCCUUCUCGGGCGUUCAUUCACUUCCCUCGGGCAGCGGCCAGUCGAAUAGGGGCACUGCGACAACGUACAAGGACGAAGAAGGGAUUGGGACGGUACAAAAACGGUUUGUUCAAAGCCAACCGAAAGGAGAAUGAACGGAUAAAUACUGCGGAGACCAGAAGAGCGAAGAAGAAGGAGCAGGAAGGGAGAAGGAGGGAGAUUUUGAUGAAUUUGAUAUUGAUGGAUGCGAUGAUCAGGAGAAGGAACCCGAGCGAUAAUGGAACUGAACUACUGGGGAUGGUGUCAUUCCUUCCUCUUCCUCUGCUCUCCGUCUCUAUGCACUCUGUUUCUUCUACUCAUGACAAUAGUCCUAUCUGGAGUCGCUGGGGUGGCUCCAUGUUAUUUAACAUGAUAGUGUUCACUUUAAGCACCACUUGACGUCAAUUGACCAUUCCCCUAUACAAACAUUCGCCGAACUUCCAUCCCAGUCGGAGAAAAUCGAGGCUAGAGAUUCGAAGGCCUUUCCAAACCAUCCGACUCAUCCUGCUCCAGGUCUCUCCCACCCAUAACCAACGCGGAAUACUGAAUA